AUGGCUUGGCGUAACGAGCAUACAUUCCAUGCCCUUCCUGGACUGAAAAUUUUUGGCGCUAAAGUUGCAACCUCUAAGGCUACUUGUUCAAACGGGCAGGUGGGAAGCCUUCGCACCGGAUAUGAUGACCCCCAAUUGGAAACAGAUUCUAAGCGGGCCGAAGUAUUGAAUGACUAUUCGCCUACCGUGGUCAACGAUGAUAUAUUCGGGGACCAACAGGGACUUCUUCAUGAACCGCACGAAAGUGCAGUCACUAACCCUCUCAUCGAAAAUGUAUUUAAGAACCUGCCGUUUGCUUCCGGUGAUCAAUUUCUAGAGGAGUUCCAAUACACUAUAGUAACGAGCAACCUACUGAACGAGACCAACAGGUAUAGACAUCACUUGAAUCUGAAGAAAUCGAUUCUGGAUUUCCAUAACCAAAUUCACGUGGAACAGCAUCACGACAUCCCUACUAAGUAUGGGCUGUUGAAAUCUGCUAAGAACCGAAGGUACCUCUUAUGCAAAAAUUUCAACUACAACACAAUUGUGCUGGCUUGUCUUAGACUUUUGAUGAAAAUGCGGAGAUGGUCCAAUUCGCGAGCGAGGGCAAGAGUUACCACAAUUAUAUUGAUAGCAUUGUAUUUGACUUUCCAACAGGAAAUCUUUUUUUCACAGUACACUAAAUACAAAACACUGCGAAAGUUGAAAAUGUUUCUGAGCCGUUUGAGUGGAUUGGAUUCAUUGUUCCAAAAAUUCCAUCUAUAUUACAAAGAGUUGAAAAACCCAAGUUUUACAAGAUUAGGUGAUGACACCAAAGCGAUCUCAACAACAGCAAAGAAUGUACUGGUCUCCAAUCUAAACGCGGUUUUUUAUAAGUUACGUUUUGAAUUAGAGGGAAUUUUGCCCUUAACAAACAAAUGCACCCUUCGGAGAUAUUGUGAUCUGUACGCUAUAAAACAAUCUGAUAUUGUGUUUUAUUUGAACGAAGAACCCAAACAUUUGACAGAUAAAGCUUACCGAGUUAAACUGAUUCAGAGAUUCUUCCUUUGUUGCCUGCUAUCUUUGGAAAUCACAACAGUAAAAAAGAGCCCUUCCAAAAACACUUUUUUUGAUACACUUUUUGAUGUUGAAUACCAACCAGUUAGUGGGCCCAGGGGGUAUUUCGCAAAACCAGUGAAAAUAUUCAACACGGCACUUACCGUACUGGAUCGUUUGGAAAACUUCAUGCAUUCAUCAACCUCGUCAUUGACUGACUAUAAGAGCUUCCUGGACUCAAAGGAUAAUUUGUGCCGAGAGAGUCAAGGUACAGCUUCCGCAGCCGGGCAUGCCGACUAUGACGCUAAAGUAUCCCCCAUAUACAACCUACUGGAAACCUUUCAACAGCAACUAGGGAGCAUAGACAGCCAACUGACAGAUUCAGAUAAGCAUAUCAUACUCUACAAAUUGAAGAAUCUCAUUGAUAUUGUGGACGAACCAAAUAAACAUUCAACGUCUACGACCCAUAGAAAUUUAAACAACGAGAAUCUGUUUGCAUCUUCGAGGAGAGGAAGUGGGUUCCCCUUAGACGUUUUCAAAACUGAGGGUGGGGAGACAUGUGCAAACAAUGGAGUACCCAACGUGGAGACGCCGAUAAAUUUAAGCAAGAGAGUUGAAAUUAUUACAAUUAAUAGCGACGACGCCUCUCUUUCUGAUCAAUCUGAGGAGCCACCAAAGUCAGAAUUCUUUUACAAACCGGUAGUAUUUGGAAUAGAUGAUACCAACAGAGGCUGCCAAAAUACACACACGUCCCGCCAAGCGCACCAACCUAUUCCAAAAUUGAGUGACGAUGAACUCCGAAGACGGCUGAACGAAAAGAUCCACGAUUUUGCUACAGAAAAUAAAAACGGCAAGAGUAAACUGAGAGCGCAGAAAUCCUUCGAAUUGCUCAAGAGGCGACAACGAGAGAACGCAUCAAACAAGAAAAGCAACACAGAGGAAUGCAUUCCGGUGAUCUAUGAAAUGAGAUCUUUACUGGAGUCCUGA